UAUUCAUAUAUACAAGGAUGACUACAGAACUCAAUUUGAAAUUGGGUUUAGCUCCAUAUGAUCCAUGGGUUCUAAAGAAGAAUUUAACCGAGACUGAUCUCCAUCACGGUGGUUCGCUUAUUCUACCGAAGCAAGAAUUUGAAGCAAUACUUCGGGAGAUAGGGCGUGGUUUGGUCGAGAGUUUAGGAAACGGUGUUGAAGUGAAACUACAUAUUAUAGAGGAAGGUCAUGAAUCUGAUGAUUACACAUUAACGCUGGUCAAGGGCAAUGGCAGUUAUAUGUUGACAGGAGGAUGGUACACUAUUGCUAGAGCAAAAGGUUACAAACCAAACGAUGAGAUCGGACUUAUGUGGGAUAAGUGGUCUCGAAGAUUCUUGUUUCACCAUAUUAAGUAGUCCUUCUCUUAUCUUAUUUAUUUUUUUUUUUUUUCUAUU